GAGCAUCUCACAGGGAAACUCUUCCACAGGGCUUGUUUUAGGGGGAAAUGCGAUUGGAUAAGGCUAUGCUGAAAAUCUGGUUUCUUGUAAAGUGACAAUGAUGGAUGUUUAAGGAUGUUAUGGGAUUAUUGUGCGCUGUUUAUAUGGAAUAAUAAGGUUGCAGCAUGGGAUCUCUUGGAGAAAACAGGCUCAGCACUUGAACUCCAGCCCAUAGAGAGGGCAACCUGGGAUUCACUCUCAUUAUCCUUUUAAAGCUAUACAAGUGAACUGGUACUGUGGCAAGUGAACAGAAUAAACCAUGCAUUUGGGCAGAGGGCUUCUGUUUUUCCUGCUUUUAAACAGUGUGACCAUGAGUUUCUCUCUAUCAACCUGCACCACGGUGGGCAUCGACCACAUUAAGAAGAGGGUGGAGGCCAUUCGGGGUCAGAUCCUCAGCAAACUGAGGCUGACCAGCCCGCCACAGACCCUGGGCCCUAGUCAGGUGCCCUAUCAAGUGCUGGCCCUGUAUAACAGCACUAGGGAACUGCUGGAGGAGUUUGGCCGAGACCGGCAUCAGAGCUGCGGACAGGACAACACCGAGACCGAAUACUACGCUAAAGAAAUACACAAGUUCAACAUGAUCCAGGGCUCCCCUGAAAACAAUGACCUUCCCUUCUGCCCCAAGGGCAUAACGUCAAAGGUCUUCCGCUUCAACGUGUCCGUCAUGGAGAAGAACGCCACCAACCUGUUCCGGGCCGAGUUUCGAGCCCUUCGAGUGCCGAACUCCAGCGCCAAGAGGAACGAGCAGCGCAUCGAGCUGUACCAGAUUCUUCGUCCCGAUGAGCACAUCGCUAAGCAGCGCUACAUCGGCGGCAAGAACGUUCUCACUAAAGGAACGCCGGAGUGGGUUUCCUUCGACGUCACCGAGACCAUCCGCGAGUGGCUCAUGCACAGAGAGACUAACCUGGGCCUGGAGAUCAGCGUCCACUGCCCGUGCCACACGUUCAGCCCCAACGGAGACAUCGUCGAGCACGUCAACGAGGUUCUGGAGGUCAAGUUCAGAGGGGUGGACGGCGAGUACGACGAGCAGAACCGAUGGGAUUUGGGUCGACUGAAGAAGCAGAAGGAGCAGAAGGAGCAGCUUCUCCCUCAUCUGAUCCUGAUGAUGUUGCCUCCGCACCGGCUGGACGUCCUGCCCUCCUCCAGGCGACGCAAACGGGCCCUGGACACCAACUACUGCUUCUCGAACUACGAGGAGAACUGCUGCGUCCGGGAGCUGUACAUCGACUUCCGGCAGGAUCUGGGCUGGCGGUGGAUCCACGAGCCCAAAGGGUAUCACGCCAACUUCUGCUCCGGCCCGUGUCCGUACCUGCGCAGCGCCGACACCACACACAGCUCGCUGCUGAGCCUGUACAACACGCUGAACCCCGAGGCGUCCGCGUCCCCCUGCUGCGUUCCCCAAGACCUGGAGCCGCUCACCAUCCUCUACUACGUGGGACGGGUACCUAAAGUGGAGCAGCUCUCCAACAUGAUCGUCAAAUCCUGCAAGUGCAGCUGAAGGGCCUCCAGACCCUCGAGGGCCCAAAGGAACUGGACUCUGAACGAAUACCUCUGUUCAUCCUUCACACAAACCCAGGAGCCAGAGGCUUCUCCAUCAGACGACCCCACGAUCCCUCGAACUUUGAUGUUUGAAGUGACUUUGUAUUGUGUAAUUUUUGGUCAGCUUUUCAGGUCAAACCUCGUGCCAUUUCUGAACUCUGAAACGGCAACGCAAAGCUUCGUAACAUCUGUCCCGAGGACGACACGUGCUGGAUCAGCUGAUGGUUUCUGUAUAACCUAACUCAAUUUCCCCAACGGAAGAUUUUAGUGUGUACUACAGCAAUCGACACUGUUCGUCUAACGUGACGGUGUCACUGAUAUUGUUAAUACAAACAUGCUGGAAAGAAAUAUGACUUGACUUUUGAUUUUUAGCUCUUCAGUGAAGCCGACACAAACUGCUAAAGUUUUUACUGCUAUUACUCCUGAAAACACUUUUUUAAUUAAACCGUCUCGGACAAAAAGAGCUGUUGAUGA